AUGCUCCAGCAAUACCUAUACACCAACCAAAACAUCUACAGCCAGCCAGAUGGCUUUGCAACAAGUCCCUGUGGAGAAUCAGAUUGCCUGCACUGCCAUGGCCAGGGACGAGACUUCUCUGUUUCCCUGCAGAGGCAGCAGACAGCUGGAGAAACCCUGAGUCAGCACCUGGAGUACCUUGGACUCUGUGGAGAUGACACAGAAGCUGAAGAUCAGAUCCUUGAAAGUCUGAAUGGGAUUCUCCUGGCUCUUACUGAAGAUAAGCAGAGAUCCUUCAGCCUACUCAGAGAGAGUGGGAUCUUCUUAACUUUGGCAAAAAUCCUGAAGGGCAAUCCACGAUGUGCAGUGAAAGCAGCCCAGGUGCUUUCAGAGAUAGCCAAGAAUGAGGAAAUGAAGAAACCAUGUAUUGAAGCAGAUUUGGUUUUAACUUUGAUACCUUUGCUGGAGAGCACAGACCAAGAAAUGUUGCUUCACGCUGGGAGGGCUAUUGGCCGUAUCUGUUAUGAUAAUCGAGAUCUUCAGGAAGAGCUGGUGAAGGUAGGAGUAAUCACAUCACUAGUCCGAAUAUUAACUGAUUAUGCAGAGAGUGAACCACUUGUCCAUGUUGAUCUAUUGGCCUUAUGCAAUCUUGCAGACCUUGACACAGCCAAGGAAGCGCUAAGCAAGACAAAGGUUGCUGAACAGCUGGUGAAACAACUGAGAAGAGCAGAGAACCAUGAGAGGUUAGAAAUGGUCUUUGAGGUCCUGCAAGCACUUGCAGAAAAUGAUGCUCUCAAAGCGCAGUUGGUGGAGGCAGGCGUGCAAGAGGUGCUGUCUGAGAUCCUGCUGAGGCUCCAGGGUAGUUCACAAGCUGAAGAUACAUGCAUUGUGAAGGCUGCAUCAGAUCUCAUUGUCUCUCUGCUGCUUGGAGAUGGCAACUGUGUACGAAUGGUACAGCUGGGAGUCAUACAUCAGCUUCUGGAUCUUUUGGAGAAACAUGUAGAGAGUGGGGACGUCUCUGUUCAACAUGCUGCACUCAGUGCACUUCGAAACCUUGCUAUACCAGUUGUUAACAAGGUUCAAGUGCUGGAGGAAGGUGUGGCAGAACGGAUUCAGGCACUUCUAAGGUCAGAGAUGCCUCCUGUGCAGUUUAAACUUCUUGGAACACUACGGAUGUUAGCAGAUGGUCAAGCUGAUGCAGCUGAAAUCUUGGGCCAAGACUCCAUGCUGCUCAACAGACUUGUGCAGUGGUGCAGUGCUAACGACCACACCGGCAUUCAUGGAGAAGCAAAUCGACUCCUAGCAUCGAUCUUGCGUCACAACAGAUCCCAAGAAGUGGUCAAAGCCAUCCAGGAGGCACAAGGAGUGAAGCAUCUGGUUUCCAUGACAACAAGCGAACAUGCUGCCAUGCAAAAUGAGGCUCUGAAUGCCUUGGCAAUAGCAUCUGCAAUCGAUUUAGAAACCCUUGAAGAAUCUUUUAAGGAAUCCCAGCUAGUUCAAACCUUACACAAACUUCUACAAGAUGAUAAUACAAGUCCUGAGGUGAAAUACAAUUCAAUGGGGCUUUUGUGCAGUCUUCUUAAUUCAGGUGAUCUGAGACAAGAAAUAGAAGAGGACAAGAUUAAAGAAACCCUCGAACAACUCUGCAGUCACAGCAACGCAAAUGUGGUCAAGGAAGCUGUCACAACAUUACAGGUUUUGAGAGGAGAGACACCCCACUAGCCUCCCUUCUUCCCCCAGCAACCCUGCACUGCUGCCGAGGCAAAUGCAAUAAAACACCAGCUUUGCCA